AUGGUGAUGGAGCAUCCUGAGAAGAGAAGGAUGGUGGAGGUCGAUGGCUAUGGCGGAAGGCGAUGGAGACAAACAGCAACCGUGCGAUGGAGCUGGAUAGUCAACGACGAAGCUCCAAAGUCGGCGGUGGGGCGGAUGAUGGAUAAUCAGAGACGGGGAGCUGAGGACGCGAGGCGACGAUUGGGGUUGGGGCUGCAAAGUCGGCGAGACGAAGCUCCGUGCUAG